UUUCAACUGAAAUUGUUUGAAUAAAUAAAAAUGAUAUUCCUGACAGCACUGUUUGUUCAAUUGCUUGUAAUAGUAUCCACCGAUGCUAAGGGAUAUCGAAGCUCCGCACUAGAUCACAAUCUUCAUGAGAAAGUGUUGGAUCCACAACAAUGUGAAAAACAACUUGAAUAUAUUAUUAGUGAUGGCAGACAGCUGAGGGCCCAAUUUAUGGAUGCAAGUGUAAGAACACCGCGAGGAAUUUUACUGAACAAUUACAGAGAUAUGGGUAAUUAUUACCAAUGCUUGGAUAUAAGAAAUUAUGCCGACAAUAUGCAAGUGGAAGGCAAAUACUGCGUAAUAAAUAUCCCAAUCCCUCAUGAUUUAGAUACUAUAAGUUUACCAGGAAUAGGACCAGGGUUUCCUUGGACUAAUCAUCGUGACUGGGAUAAUUAUUUUAACAGAAGAACAAGUGAAGGGCAAUCUUUAGAAUCAUUGCAGCAGUACGAGCUUGGAAAAGAAAACGUAAUGUUUCUUCUGGGAACCGCCGAAGUCUCGUCGGGGUAUGGUGUUAUUAUUAUUUAUUUAUUUUUAUUCAAUUUAAUAUAAUUUUUGAACACUGUGAUAUAUCAAACGCAAAAAUUCGAAAAAAAACAGACAAUUGACUUGUAUCUUUAGAUUACAAGAAGACCUAUAGGUAGCCAAUGUUUUUUUAAAUUUUGUGGACCCUAUGCUCACGAGUCUGAGUCUCUCUUGGCCGAUAUUUAGAGAAGUAACUAUAUCUAUAGAUAGUAGCAUCUCAUGAGGUCUAAAAUGAGAUGCAAAUGUAGUUUCAGUACCACUACGAUUUCGCGUAAACAAUAUUUUAUAUUUACUUAGAUAAGUACACACAUAUAUAUUAAUAUGUGUACUUAGA